CAUCGUCGUCGUCGUCUCUGAUCUUCUUCCCCAUUGUUUCUUCCUUAAAAUCCCUUAAUCCUCCAAAUAUCGGCGGCCCAUUUUCUUCAAUGAAAUCUGAAAAAUUUUAAAAAUCAAACUUAAAAAAUUGGGUUUUCGAAACCUAUUAUUAAAACAUGGGUUUUUGAAACUUGUUUUUAAAAAUUAGUCUUCACCAGUUCCCGUUCUUCGCUUCUCCAUUCCCUUCCGUAGAAAAACUUCUCUUCCAUCGCCAAGCCAAGCCCCCAAAACCAAUUUAUAAGCUUUGCAUUCUCGAACCAAUGGCGAUCAAAGUCUUGUUUUACUGGGGAAAUUUAGGGGUUUCUCUUAUACCAAAAUUUCCAAAGCAUUUUUGGUUUUAUUUCUCAAAUACCCAUCAGGAGGUUUCAAGCAAAAGUCUUUUGGGUUGCAGAGUUCGAUUUUUCAGACCUCAGAUUCCCAAAGGCAGAUUUGGUUUUGGUCCAAAUUGUGGCCUUUUGAAGAGCCGUUGUUGGAGAAGUGGAACUUGGGGGAGGAGGAUGAUGAAGAUGGAAAGAAACAAUGGAGAUGAUGAUGAUGAUGAUGAUGAUGAUGAUGAUGAUUUUAAAAUAAAUUUAAUGAUUUUAAAAUAAUUUUUAAUAAUUUUAAAAUCAUUUGUGAUGUUGGCAUAUAAGAUAAAAUAGUGCAAUAUCAACAUUUAAAUACACUUGGACUGCCAUGUCAGUAGUUAAUGUUGACCGUUAGUUAACUAAUAGUCAAGUCAACAUGUCUAUUAAAAAUAGAUCAAUUUGACAAAAAAACGUUAGUGAUCUAAAAAAUAAAUAUAAAAAGUCAAAGUGACCAAACAACCAAACGU